GUGGCUACGGAGUUGGGUGGUGGUGGGCUACCACCCGUGGCGCCCGGGAUCUCGGUACCUAACCCGGUUCGCCAGGUCCCGGCCCGGAGGCGCAAAGGUUAGCGCUGAGGAGGGACACUCUUGCGGCAUCCGAGGAGCUGUCGCCCGGCCUGCGCGGCGGUGCCGCCGUCCGUGGAGUCUCUGUAGAAGCUGAAACGCAUCAAUCACCAUUCUUCAAAAUGCAGUGGAAUGUACUACGGACUGUAUCUGGGUUGGUACACCGGACAUGCUUGGAACCACCUAAAGCUGGUGUUUUUGGACACUUUCAAAGCAUAAAGGGGCUAUUACUUUUGUAUAAUGCUGAAUCCAAAGUAGUGUUGGUACAAGGCCCUCAGAAACAAUGGCUACAUUUGUCUUCUGCCCAGUGUGUUGCAAAGGAAAGUAAGUCAUUCAUUGCUCAGCCACCCCUACUUGGGGCCUUUCAUUGUAAACAAUGGGAGCAAAAUAUUUUAUCCAAGAGGAUUGUUUCAUCCAGUGCCACAUCCCAAGGAACUCCCACAGGAAAAAAGGAAGAACCUGAUCCUUUACAAGACAAAUCUAUUAGUCUGUAUCAGCGAUUUAAGAAAACAUUUAGACAAUAUGGAAAAGUUUUGAUUCCAGUACACCUAAUAAGUUCUGGUGUUUGGUUUGGGACAUUUUACUAUGCAGCCAUAAAAGGAGUGAAUGUUAUUCCUUUUCUAGAACUCAUUGGGUUACCUGACAGCAUAGUCAGCAUUCUCAAAAAUUCCCAGAGUGGAAAUGCACUAACAGCAUAUGCCUUGUUUAAGAUUGCAACACCUGCCCGAUAUACUGUGACUUUGGGAGGAACAUCCUUUACUGUGAAGUACUUGAGAAGUCGUGGCUACAUGUCAACACCUCCGCCAGUUAAGGAAUAUCUGCAGGACAGGAUGGAAGAGACCAAGGAGCUUCUCACAGAGAAAAUGGAAGAAACGAAGGAUAGACUCACUGAAAAGUUACAAGAAACCAAAGAAAAAGUUUCUUUUAAGAAAAAAGUGGAAUAGGGUGUCUUUUAUAAUAGGUCAUAGAAAAUUCAUGCGCUUUAACCCUUUGGAGACUAUGGGCAAUGAUACAUUCUCCUGGUUAUUUUUGUGGUUAGUUGCCAAAUAUACCAGUUCUCUGAGGGUUAAAGAACCAAAGAUACCUUUUUAAAGCUAAAUAUCACUAGAAAAAUCAGUUUUUUGAGAGGAAAAAAAUGAACCUAGUGUGAGAAUUUCACAUCAAUAGCAGCAUUAAGCAAUGGUCAAGAGUUCUUUUUCAAGGUCUUUACAGUCAUGGUUGCUGCGUGUUCUGUUGCUUCCUCCUAUAAUGUAUGCAGACGAGGCAGAUGUCUCCAUAGACAGGCUGUUUGUCCUGAGUCUUCAUCUUUCUGUUAUUCAUUAAGACUUCACCUGUAUUCACUUCUCAGUGUGAAGACAAACUAUUAUCAAACUACUUUUCUAUAAAAACAGUAUAUAACAGUUGUAUACCAGUCAAAAUGUAAACUAUAUAUGAAGAAAAAUUAAAAUGAAGACACAUAUGUAAAUAAGAUGUAUUGGUUAUAUGUAAAGGAAAAAUAACCCUUUAAAAAUUGACCCUAUUAAAAUGAUUUUUACUGAAGCUUGUUAUAAUCAGAAAAAUUUAAGCAAAUGUAUAUGGCCGCAGUUGUUUUUCAGAAUUGUGUAUUGAUGUUGAUCACCCAGAACACAAGAUUUUGUUUCCUCUUCAACUGAUCUUUCAGAGGACAAGUGAAAAUAAGCACACCUUAAAACUUUAUUGAUGAAAUAUUCUCAAGCAGCAACUCUAAGCUUUUGGUUCUCAACUGGAUAAAAGGUUUGAGAGACUAGAAGAUGGCAUCAGGUUGUCUUGAAGAUUCCUCACUGUCCUGGGUGUGUAAACAGGCCUUUUUUCUCAGCUAGCCAGUGCUACCUUCCCAGUGUUAGGGCUUCAGAGCUAAUAGUAAUUUCAUUAUGGAGUAAUAAUGAAAAUCAGAGCUUCUACUUAAUAAUAAAAUCAGAGCUUCGUUUUCCCUUAGAUUGCAGUACCCUUGCUUGAGCAUUGUACUUGAAUUUUUGGUAGCAAAACUGUAUUAAAUUACCUGUUUGGAAGGAAAUGUAGCCAUUGUCACGUGAAAGUUUUCAUGAUUGUGUGGAUGUGCUUUAGCGUGCAUGUGUCUAUUUCCUUUUGCUGUAACUGCUCUACUUCUAUAAUGAAUAUUUGGAAGAAGAAAUGGUCUCUUUUUAGAUUGUCGUUGUUUUCAAUUAUCUGGUAAGGCAAGAAAACGUCUUGAGUGUGAAGAACAGCCCUGUCGGGCCUCUUCUUCUGGGCAUGAUUAUUGUAUCAAAUGCUGAGUCGGGCAAAAUUUAGAAAAUAGUUUAAAGGGAAAAAAUGUUUACGUUUUAUACAUCUAAUCAUUCUUUGGAAAAGUUUCUCAAUGUGCUGUGGUUGGAAUCUUUUCUUUUAGGGCUAGAGGGUAGUGAGGGAGUGAGAAGCUGUGCUGCUGUGAUACAAAGACUGCUCUUAAUUGGGCAGAUCAGUUUUGUCUCCUGAAACUGUUGAAUGCACUAUUUCAGACUGACAUUUUCAAAUGUAAACUCAUUUAACAUGUUUUAGCUUGUUUAUUAAAUAAUUCACAUUUUUACAGAUACUAAAUGCUAAAAUAUUAACAAAUUUCUUUUUUUUAACUAGUUCAGGCGAUGCCUGUGUUUUAACACCUUGUGUUAUAUGGAAUUCUUCUAAAACAAUUUACUUUUCACAUUUUACAGGGUAUAUUUUCCAUUGGGGAAUAAAUUGUGGGUUCUUAGAAGUCACUAAUAAUUCCUUCAGACUAGAAAUUUUUUUUCUGAGUACCCAUCUUUUGUUCAGUCCACUUAGUGGUAUUGUCAUCCAGUUUUGUAAUCAAGUUACUCUUAUCCAGUUAUAUUGAAUGAGAUGUUGCCCAUGAAUGCUUUGAAAAUUCUAAGGUAAAAAAAAUUCCCUGAAGAUAGGGGAUCUGGAAUGUUGCAAAAAUGCUGUUGCUAGCACAUUGCUAACCUAGUCCUUAAGAAGUUACAAAGAGCUUAAAAAGGGACAUCUGUAAUAGGUUAUUUGGACUAUUAAUAGCAGGUUAACAGAAUGUAGUAGUAUAUGUUGUUAAAUUAUUAAGACUAUAUAUAUACUGAACCCCAUUUCAUGAACAGCAAAAUUUGGAUUAAUUCACUUCUGCAUUUUAUGAGGUAUGAGAGAACAGCUCCCCAAACCUGAUCUGUGUGUCCAUAUUUACGUAGGAUGUGUUGACAGGGCGAAGAGGGAGCUAGGACUGAGAUUUAGCUUAUAUAACGGAUGAAAAGUGUUUAUGCAGCCAAGUAAUAAUUGAAAUGAAAAAUGGCUUAGGUGAGGGACUUAAGUUUGUUCAAGGAUAAUAGCAGAACCAACCUUUAAAAGUACCACACCAAAAAAUACCUUUUACUAAGAUGUAAGAUAGCCUUUUGCAUACAGCAAGGUGCUGUGUUUACAGAUUCCAACAAAGGAGAAAAAGAAUGCAUAUAUUGAGAUUACCUUCCUCCUAGUACUGAAUACAAUAAAAUUAUGCCUUCGAAGAUAACCUACACUUUAUUUGUUGUGACAGAAUCUACCCCCAUUCGUUUUCAACUGAAGGAUAUUCUUGAGGUCUUUUAUGCUCUACAAUGAAAUGCUGCUGUUGGUUGUCUCUUAGAAUAACCCUAGGAAUUUUAAAGAUCUUAAUAAUUUAGCAGAAGAGAUGUUUGAAGAAAAGCAAGUUGCACAUUAGACACAUCUAGCUUCUUUCUGUGUUCUGUCCACUGGGAUUGGGUCAUCUUCAGGAUUUCUUAACCAAGAAUAUGGUGAUAGUAAUGAAAUGGACAGAAAGUGACUUUAGCAACUGAAGCAGAAAAAAAUGAGUGUAUUUUUCCUGAUACCUCAGAAAUGACACCAUUUCUAUAAAAUGCUUUUGUAAGGCAUAAAUUUCUGAAUUAUGAUUAAAGAAUUCCUUCUGAAAAAUAACUUGUUUUCAUGGUAAUGUACACACACGUGUUUUGUUGGCUACAGUUCCUUUGUUUAUUUCACAUUUUCAAAAUUGAAUCUCCAUGUCGCUGUGAGGUACCAUCGAGUCAACUGGGACUCAUAGCCUUAUGUAUAACAGAAGAAAAUGUUGCCCAGUCCUGUGCCAUUCUCACAAUCCUUGCUGUGUUUGAGCCCGUUGUUGCAGCCACUGUGUCAGUCAGUCUCACUGAGGGGUUCCCUCUUUUUUGCUCACCCUCUGCUUUACCAAGCAUGAUGUCUUUCUUCAGCGAUUGGUCCCUCCUUUAGGGUUGGAUUACCCAAUAAGCAAGGUACACACGGGCUUACUUGUGCAUACUUGCUAUCUGUAGUGAACAAUUUCACCUGUUUUCACCAAAGGAAAUGUGAAAAACAGGUAUAAUUGUUCACUACAGAUUAGUAAGUAUACACCUUGCUUACUGGUUAAUCCGCUCCUGCUCCUGAUG